AUGUCUGACGACAAGCACACUUUCGACUUUAUCAUUGUCGGUGGAGGAACCGCCGGCCCCACUCUCGCCCGGCGACUGGCCGAUGCCUGGAUCUCCGGUAAGAAGCUCAAGGUGCUCCUGCUCGAGUCCGGCCCCUCUUCCGAGGGUGUUGAUGAUAUUCGAUGCCCCGGUAACUGGGUCAACACCAUCCACUCCGAGUACGACUGGUCCUACGAGGUCGACGAGCCUUACCUGUCUACUGAUGGCGAGGAGCGACGACUCUGUGGUAUCCCCCGAGGCCAUUGUCUGGGUGGAUCCUCUUGUCUGAACACCUCUUUCGUCAUCCGAGGAACCCGAGGUGAUUUCGACCGAAUCGAAGAGGAGACCGGCGCUAAGGGCUGGGGUUGGGAUGAUCUGUUCCCCUACUUCCGAAAGCACGAGUGUUACGUGCCCCAGGGAUCUGCCCACGAGCCCAAGCUCAUUGACUUCGACACCUACGACUACAAGAAGUUCCACGGUGACUCUGGUCCUAUCAAGGUCCAGCCUUACGACUACGCGCCCAUCUCCAAGAAGUUCUCUGAGUCUCUGGCUUCUUUCGGCUACCCUUAUAACCCCGAGAUCUUCGUCAACGGAGGAGCCCCCCAGGGUUGGGGUCACGUUGUUCGUUCCACCUCCAACGGUGUUCGAUCCACCGGCUACGACGCUCUUGUCCACGCCCCCAAGAACCUCGACAUUGUGACUGGCCACGCUGUCACCAAGAUUCUCUUUGAGAAGAUCGGUGGCAAGCAGACCGCCGUUGGUGUCGAGACCUACAACCGAGCUGCCGAGGAGGCUGGCCCUACCUACAAGGCCCGAUACGAGGUGGUUGUGUGCUGCGGCUCUUAUGCCUCUCCCCAGCUUCUGAUGGUUUCCGGUGUUGGACCCAAGAAGGAGCUCGAGGAGGUUGGUGUCAAGGACAUCAUUUUGGACUCUCCUUACGUUGGAAAGAACCUGCAGGACCAUCUUAUCUGCGGUAUCUUUGUCGAAAUUAAGGAGCCCGGAUACACCCGAGACCACCAGUUCUUCGACGACGAGGGACUCGACAAGUCCACCGAGGAGUGGAAGACCAAGCGAACCGGUUUCUUCUCCAAUCCUCCCCAGGGCAUUUUCUCUUACGGCCGAAUCGACAACCUGCUCAAGGAUGAUCCCGUCUGGAAGGAGGCCUGCGAGAAGCAGAAGGCUCUCAACCCUCGACGAGACCCCAUGGGUAACGAUCCCUCUCAGCCCCAUUUCGAGAUCUGGAAUGCUGAGCUCUACAUCGAGCUAGAGAUGACCCAGGCUCCCGACGAGGGCCAGUCCGUCAUGACCGUCAUCGGUGAGAUUCUUCCUCCUCGAUCCAAGGGUUACGUCAAGCUGCUGUCCCCCGACCCUAUGGAGAACCCCGAGAUUGUCCACAACUACCUGCAGGACCCUGUUGACGCUCGAGUCUUCGCUGCCAUCAUGAAGCACGCCGCCGACGUUGCCACCAACGGUGCUGGCACCAAGGACCUCGUCAAGGCUCGAUGGCCCCCGGAGUCCAAGCCCUUCGAGGAAAUGUCCAUCGAGGAAUGGGAGACUUACGUCCGAGACAAGUCUCACACCUGUUUCCACCCCUGUGGUACUGUCAAGCUUGGUGGUGCUAAUGAUAAGGAGGCCGUUGUUGACGAGCGACUCCGAGUCAAGGGUGUCGACGGCCUGCGAGUUGCCGACGUCUCUGUCCUUCCCCGAGUCCCCAACGGACACACCCAGGCUUUUGCCUACGCUGUUGGUGAGAAGGCUGCCGACCUCAUCCUUGCCGACAUUGCUGGAAAGGAUCUCCGACCUCGAAUCUAA